AUGUCAUACCUAUAAGAGAUUAGUUUUCUCUUUGAAAAUUAUUACAUCACUGAUAAUGGAUCGUUUAGUUUCAUGAAAUGCCUCAUCCUCGUGGCUGAAUUCACUCGACCUUAUAAAAUUCUAGAUGAGAACUUUUAUCGAUAUUCCUAUUUUAUACCCCUAGCAAUUAAUCUAAUUUAUUAUUCCUUGGUGCUUAAACUAUUUAUAAAUCACAAAUAUGGGAAAUCCAAGUACCAAAAACUACUAGAGACAUUUUAUUAAUAAAAUAGAUUUUUUAUUAUUUUAAUGACAAUAUUGACUUUUAUAUAAGCUUUUCACUUUCACCUUGUCUUUGCUAAUUUGAUUGAACUUAGUGUGGCUUCUAUUUCACAUAAUUCAUAAUUGAAUGAUGUCAAUGUAGGAAAUCUUAUUUUUGCCAUAAUCACAUUGAUAAUUGUAAUCCUGAAUAUGAUUGCCUAAAUGAUAUGCAAUCUUGAGUUCAAUUAAAUAACUCAACAAAACUUCGGUGUAUUGCAAUAAAGUUUCAGCUUGUAUUGGUAAUAGAUGUCAAUAUUGCUAGUGAUUUUAAUAAAUUAAUUAAAUGCAGAUCAUACAAUUAAGUUUUAUUUAAUAUUUACUUUGUUAGCUUUAAAACUGAUUUUUUGUGUUUAGUCAUAAUUAUUGUAUUUCAUUUCAUUGUUUUAUAAAACAUAUGUUGAAUUAAUUGGCCUAACCGCACAAUUAACCAUUUUGAUAAUUUUAUUAAUUUUGUAAAUUCAAGAAAAUGAUUUCGAUCGCAAAGAUUCCCUAUUAUUUAUAGUCUCAUAUCCAUUACUAAUUCAUAUUGUCUUGAAUUCAUUUCAAGAAUUUCACGAGAAGAUUUUAUUAAAUAGAAAAAAUACAUUAAAUGCUUAUUAAUAACAAUACAAAAUAGCUGAAAUAUUCUUAAAAUUCGGAGUAGUCUACAAUUCUCACAUAGAGAAUAAGCAAAAUAUGGCAUUCAUAUAUAAUUUUUAAUUGAUUCACAAAGAAUCUUGCUAAUCUAACCUAUGUUAUUGUUAAACUAGUAAUUUGAAUUUUGAAUAAAUUAUCACAAUAUUUUUGAAGGAAUAAAUUCAAUUAUUUGGAGAAGUGAUUAAUGAAAUAAAAGAUAAGACAAUUCGUCAAAGCAUGUUUUUACGUUAUUUAUCCUUCAUCAGUUAUCUGGGUUUCAGCACGAAAGCUUUUUAAUAAUCAAAUGUUUAGGUCAUUCAUGAAAGUGAAAUUAAUUCAAAAUCAAAUAUAUAUAACAAUUAAAGAAGUGAAAGCAAUAAGGUCGAGUCCAGCCAUAGUUUAGAUUAGAAAAGCCAUUCGCAAUAAAGAUAAAGGAAUGAAUUAGAGCAUGAUGAAUUUACGAGGGUAAAAAUUAUGAAUUUAAGCUUCAUCAAUUAAAUCAAGCUCAGGAUGCUCCAGGAUUCUAUAAAAAAGUCAAUGAGCAAUGGUUUGAGGAAAUAAAGUAUAAUGCAGGAGAACCUUGAACACGCAGUAAAUUUAUUUUUAAUGUCAGAAACAGCAAACAAAAGAUUGAAGGAAAAGAUAAUCACAAGUUUAAAUAGAAAGAGAUAAUAUUUUAAUAAUAUCUUAUUAAAUACUGGAUCUGGAUCUAUAUUUUCAAAUUCUAAAAAUUUGCUAAUUAAAUUUAAGAAAAUUGAAAAUGAACUACUAAAAUUAUACGAUUAAUUUCCAAGCAGAAAAAUGUAAGCUUUGAAUACAUUUUUGUAAGCAGAAUUAAUGAACAAUUAUUUUUCAGCUUAUAAAUUGACAACAGUUGCAUCUAUUUCAGAUGAAAAAUUACUGAAGAUGUAGUCAUAAAUAUCGAUCGAUUUAUUUUCUAGCAAGUUAGAUUACAUUAUCUUUGGCUUUGAUAAAAAAUCUCAUUAUUUAUAAAUGUAAUCUACCUCAAAUUUAAUUCAUUAAUUUUUUGGAUACACUCAAGAGUAAUUUAAGUAAAUGAACUUCAUUGAGGCUAUUUUGCCCUAAGGAUUUGAUUUGAUUCAUUAGAAAUUAAUCUAAAAUUUCUUGUAGAGUGGAGAAUCUAAAUUUUAUAAAUAAAUAAACUUAAGUUUUUGUAGAACUACCCAUAAGUGCAUAAAACCAAUUGAUUUCUUUUUUGAUAUAAAUUUAUCAAAUUUUGAGGAUCUGACAUUUGUUACAUUCCUUUAAGAUACUUAAGUAUCACCUGCUUAUAUUUUAUGUUGUGAGAAUUAUAAAAUAUAAUGUAUGACUAAAAAUAUAGGCUAAAGAUUAGGUUAUGAAUAACAAUACCAUUAGAACUUAAUUGAUCUGUUAUUUAAAUAAUAAAUCAACAAAGUAUUUCCAAGAUUUCAUAAUAUUUAUGAAUCAUUCUUGUCAAAAACUUCAAUUCUUCAAAAAGAUGUGUAGGAUUAAAAUAAUUUUGAUGAUAAGUAAACUAAUUAUGAUUAAAGUGAUGCUUAAAUUUAAAUGAUUGUUCCAAACCCCAAUAUAUUUGAAAAGAAAUAAAAUAUAAAUUGGGAUUAAAAUGAACAUACUAGUUAAUUAACAGCAGAUGUCGUCUUCCAUUUAAGAAAUGUCAAAUAGGAAUUGUUUUCCUACCUUAUUGUAGAAAUAAGAGAUGUUAAGAAAUAUCUCUAAACAGAAUUCUCAACACCUUUUUAAACUGAAAUACCCAUAAAGUAUCUUGCUUAAUUAACUGACAUGGAUAAUAAUUUUGAAAUAAUCGAAGAUUAAGAAAGUUUUUGUCUGAAUCCUCCUAAGGCUCUAGAACUAUUAGAGAAUUACGAAAAAGAGGUAAAUCAUUUUGGAUAGAGAUUAAGAAUUAGUUAAAAUAUCAAUAAUUCUAAUUCUCAACAUAUUUAUCCGAAUAUUUCAAUAGCUUUAGCAAGUCCAAAAGACAGUGCCUCAAGGUUAAUUGAGGAAAAGCAGGAUGUGUCUUUAUAAUAGAUGAAUAAUACCAUUUCCAAAAAAAAAGACAAAAAUCGAUAACAAUACUUUUCAGCUUUAGAUUAAAGGGAAGAUUAAGAGUCUAGUAAUUUUAUUAAUAGCAUCAUUUAAAAUAAGCAAGCCGAUCAAAACUAAGAUUAAUAAUUAGAUUAAAUUGAUAAGGAUUUACAAGAAAACAUUAAAUAAUAAAUGCAGAUUUAAAACUUCGUAAAUGAUCCAAGCCUAAAUUAAAUAAAUGGAGAUGGCUCUGAAACAAGUUCAUUAGCAGGAAUUAAGAAAUCCAGAUUUUCCAAGAGAUAUGACUUAAUUUAAAAACUCACAAAUUCCUAAAAGUUUUCUCAUAAUUUCCUCAAUAUGAAAUAUAUGCUAACUUUAAUGUUUCUUAAUUUCCUAGUGUUUGGAUCAAUCGAAAUGUUUUAUGCUAAUUCAGACCUACCUUAAUUUUUAAAAGAAAUCGAUCUGCUUUAAAUAAAAGCCAACAUAGUUGGACCAAUUGACAAUUAUAUUGUUGGCUAAAAUGCUGUAACAAACUAUGCUGCUUUGUUUUAAAGAAAUUAUUUGACAAAAGAAUUAGCCUUUUAAGAAGCCAUCUAUGCAAAUAAUGAAAUUAAUUAUACAUUUUAUGAAUUAAAGACUAGUUUUGAGAACUAACUCUAGAAUCCGUAUCUUGACCCUUUUUUUGAAGAUAGAUAUGUCAUUAUCUAGAUGGCUGAUUAUCCUAAAACAAUAGAGUAUAAUAUUAGGUUGAGAGAAGCAAUUCAAUUAGAGCUGGAGGCUUCAUUAAAUUUUAUUAAGACUGACUUUUUAUUUAAUGAUAAAAUCGAUUAUACCUAAGGGUUUUUUACUUAUUUAUACAAGAAUUUUAUUCCAUUGAGAGAGUUGUGUCAAUAGUUAAAUGAAGAAAUGUUAGAUUAUUCUACAAAUAGGGCUACUUAAGUUUCUAAGAAUUGGUAUUAAUUAUUAAUCCCGAUUGUAAUUAUAGGCGGAGUGCUUCUAAUUGUGUGUAUAUUGUUUUACAAAUAUUACCUAUAGCAAUAUGAUGAAUUUUUGGAAUUGUUCUCAUAUUUAGAUACUGUUUGGUUGUAAAGGGAUGUAGAUAGAUAUAGAGGUUAUGCAAGUUUGUUGAUGAAGGAUUCGGAUGUGUUAUUUAAAUAUUAAUUCGAUCUUGAUGCAAAGGAAGUCUUUUUGAUUAAUGAGGAGACAAAAAAGGAUAGGAUUGCUUAAAACUAAGCAUUUUAGAGAGAUAAAUCAAAUUAGCAAGGAGUAGUAGUAUUACAAUAAAAGAUGUAAUAAUUGCCUUCAAUUUUUUCAUUUGCUACGAUAUAUGGGAUUUGCUUUGUGUUUUGCUUUAUAUCUAAUUCAUUAGCCUAAAAUUUCUAUACUAAAUAUCCUGAAUCGACCAGAUUUUUUAAUUUGUUAUCAGAUCUAAGUAUGGCCAGCAGCGGAGUAUUUUCAAUGAGGGAAAUCAGUUAUACUAUUUAGGCAGAGGAAACAUAAAUUUAUUUCUUUUCAGAUAAAAAUGCCACAGAUUUCAUUAACCUAUUUAUGACGCAUAUCAAAAUAAUUGACACUUUUUUAUAGGUGUUUCAAAACUUUGAUUCUUCACAAUAUAUAACAUCUGAUUAAUUCGUCACUGACUUCUAUAAUUUAAUGGUUAAAGACAUUUGUAUUUUUUUGCCAGAUUAUAAGCAAGAGACUGCUCAAUAACAUUGUGAUUCUUCUUUAGAUGGAGUGAUGCGUAGAGGCAUGAUAGAGACCUUAAAUAAGGUGAGAAAUAAUGUUAUGAAUGAAUAUGAGUCAACGAAUUAAUUUAAAAUUGAAGUCAUAGAUUUACAAUCUGACUUAGAAAUAGGAUUAAUUGCUUAUGAUGAUUUGAAUAGUUUGAGAGAUUAGUUUUAAUAAUAAUUGACUGAUACUACAAAUUAAUUAAUUUCAUAGUUGUUUUUUAUAAAUAUUUCAUUUAUUGUGAUUCUUUUGACUAGCAUAUUGGCAUUGUUAACACUUGUAGAGAAAUACUUUAGGUGGGAGUUUAAUAUAGUAAAGAAUUUUGUAAUCUUGCUUCCACAAACUUCAUUAUUUUUAGAUGUGCAAUUAGAUAGAAAUCUAAGAUAGAUGGUAGUCCAAGAUGAUUUAAUAUGA